AUGCUACAGAUGUCCGACUUAUUGACUCAUCAUACAACAUCAGAUUCAGAUGAUAUUGGGGAUGAAGUUAUUAGGACAAUGUUUAUGGUUGCUAAUAAACUUGAAGAGUCUAUGAGGCUGGCGUAUAAUUCGUGUGAAUACACUCCUUACGAUUCACCAGCUGAAAAUUCCUCUCUGAAUGGAGAGGCAUUUUAUCCCGAAUCAGGUGAAUUACCCGAAUUAAAAUAUGAGCACAACGAAUACUUACACCCACAUGUUCAGUAUGAAGACGAAUUUGAUUUAGAUUCACGUACUUCGUAUAUGGAUAUGAAAACAAUUCCUUGUAGUCAAACUACAGAAAAUAUUGGUUCACUUGGCAGCAGAAAUUCAUUGUUUGACUGUUGUGAAUGUGAUCGACGCUUUAAAUCGAAAAGUGUUCUCCGCAGGCAUGUUAGAGUUGUGCAUGAAGGUGUCACUUACCCUUGUGAACAAUGCGGGAAAUCAUUUUCACGAAAAUGGAAUUUAAAACAACACAUUAAUUCUGUUCACGAACGUCAAAUAUUCCAAUGUGACAACUGUGAAAAAUCUUUUUCAUCUAAAAAUAUUUUAUUAAGACAUGUGAGGUCUUCUCAUGAAGGUGUCUGUUACAAAUGUGAUCAAUGUGACAAAACAUUUUCAAGAAAGUAUGAUUUAAAUCAACAUGUAAUUUAUUGUCAUUAUGAAAUUUCUUUAGAGUCAAACAGCUUAAAUGGCGUAUCCCUUAAAGAAGAUACACUACAGAAGCCUGUUGAAAUUCCUGAUCAAAGUGCACUUUUCAAAUGUAAACAAAGUGAUAACAUAUUUUCACGUAUGUCUCGUCUACAUGAACAUCGAAUAUCUCAUGAAUAUUCACGACUCACACAAAUUGAGUAUGAGGAGUCAUUAUUCCCGCAAAAAUAUGAUUUGAACAAAGACAAGUUAUUUCAACAUGAAAGUAAACCAUUCAUUUGUCAACAAUGUGGUAGAGCUUGUUCAUCGAAAGGCAUUUUAAGGCGACAUAUUCGAGUUACUCAUGAAGGACAUAAUUUUCCAUGUGAUCAAUGUGGUAAAACAUUUACACGAGAAAGUAAUUUAAGGGAGCAUAGAUUAGCAUUUCAUGAAGGCAAAUUUUUCAAAUGCGAUGAAUGUGAUGGUGCAUAUUCCUCAAGGAGUAUAUUAUUAAGGCAUGUUAAAUAUGUUCACAGAGGUAUACACUUUCGUUGUGACCUUUGCGACAAAAUAUUUUCGCGGAUGUAUCAUUUACGAAUUCAUCAAAUGUCUGUACAUGAAAGAGUCCGAUUCAGUUGUGAUCAAUGCGACAAAUCAUUUGCACAUAAAUUCGAUCUGAAAAUGCAUAAAGCAACUUUUCAUGAGGGUUUAUACUUUCAUUGUAAUCUUUGUGAUAGAAAAUUUUCACGGAUGUCACACUUAAAAACUCAUCAAUUCGCUGUACAUGAAGUAUCAACUUACUCUUCACAAAUACGUCUAUUACCUCAAUCUGAUAAAGUAUGCUUAUCACACGAAGAAAAUUCUGUGGAAUAUAUCUACAGAAAGAAAUUCAGAUGUAUUCAAUGUCAAAUGUGUUUUAAACGAAAUUAUCAGCUCAAAUUGCAUAGUAAACUAUUUCAUGGUAAACGUUAUCGUUGUCAUAAAUGUGGAAGAAUAUAUGAAUUUUAUGGUUAUCUUAAAAAGCAUUUAUUAUUCUCGCAUAAAAAUCUAUGCAGCCUACAAUUAUCAUAA